AUGAACGUUGUCACCGAUCCCUGCGUUCAUUGCGGAUACCCCCGGUGUUCGCGCUGCCGUGUCGAAAGGCUUCACACGCGUCAACACUUACACCACGACGCUCCCAACAACCAACACAACAACAUAUAA